AGAAAAUAUAUUCUGUGAUUGAAACAGUUUGUUUUCAUCGGUUGACAGUUGAAUUAUUUCAUAAAUUUUUGUCAUUAAUUUAAUUUCCUCGAUUUCCUUCUUACUAAAGUAAUAUCACCUGAACAAAUAAUUAAAAUGAGUACAAAUCAAACUUUCAAGCCGUCCGAGGGAAAACGUGAAGAAUUUCGAAAAUAUCUAGAAAAAAAUGGUGUUAUGGAUGCUCUUACCAAAGUACUUGUUAAUCUUUAUGAAGAAACUGACAAGCCCGAUGAUGCCCUAGAAUUCAUAAGGGAUAAAUUAGCUAUCCAUGCUGGUCUCGACACACACAAGCAAAUGAAAACUAAGCUAGAAGAUGCCCACGAACAAAUAAAUCAACUUGAGGCCGAAAUUGAAAAUUUGAAGGCUGCUCUUGAGGAGAAGCAGAAAGAGAAGGGCGCAGAUGAACAAGAACCUCAAGACAAUGCUGUGAAGCAAGAAGAGUAAAAGAUUCCUGUUGUUUUAUUCGUUGAGAAAUGAAGUUAAGUUUUUUUUUAUAUUGUUAUUAUUUUUGUUUUAUAACGUAUGCCAUUUAGUUGUGAUCUCACUUAAGCAUAUGAUCUCAGAAGCAUAGACCUAACUUUAUGUCUUUGUACUUAAUGUUUUCCUGGUGUUAAGAGAAGUUGCAAUAUUUUUUUUUGUUAUACUAGUUUUUUUUUUUAACUUUAAGCAAUAUCUUCUGAGAAGAAUUUUAUGAAAAUUAAAUCCAUCCAUCUAAGGUGACUAUGAUAAAUUGUAAGUUGAUACUUUAAAUAAAAGACUCACUUUUA